AUGAUGAAAAUGUUGCCUUUUUUCCAAAGUGGUCCUACUGGAAUACGCAGAGGAUCAGAGGGUUGCAUUGGUGCAGUCAGUCAGUUUGAAAAUCCUCUGACAUCAGUAGCUGAACAAGUCCCUGCCUGUUCUGAACCUUCUGGAGAAGAGAUCUGGUCCAGAGACCAGGAGAAGAUGAGUGAAAAGCCAGAGUGCAGACCCUCACGUGCAUCUUCCAUCACGAGUAAUGGGAGCUGCAUCUCUGCUAGUGACAGCCCUGUAAAGGGGAAGAAAGGAAUAAAGGAAAUGCUUGAAGGUGCCCUUAAGAAAAUUAAAAAGGUCAAGACACCCAGUGUCAAGCGAGUCAUGCAUCUCCUUGAAGAGCAAAAGCUUUGUGAGGCCACCCAGCUUCUGAUUGUCCUGGAGAAGACCCUGUCUAGCAAAAGUGAGGAGGGACUGAAUAUCAGACAGCAAGACAUCGAGUCUGUCCACGAAGUUCUGAAGCACAAAGUCUUCAGCAUCUUGAAAGACUCUGUACUGCUAGCUAAAACAAACCCAGAACAGCUGCAGCAGGCAAUAGAGGCACUGAAAGAGCAGGAGAAAGAAGAUCAGAACUACACGUCAGAGAAUCCACCUGACCAAAACAUGCAAUUUAGACCCAGAAAAUGGAAAGAGCUUUGGAUGGCUACAGUAAAGGAGUCAGUAGAGACACGGAUGAAAGACACAAGCCGUACUCCUAGAACUGAGAACCUCUCUGCACUUGGUCAGAACCUCCUGCAUAUGGGAAAGACAAUGAGAGAAGAUUUGACAGUAGUUGUAAAGUACAUUAAACAGCUUUUUCCUCCUGAGUUUGAUGUGUUCAGCACAUAUGCCGAACUUUACCACAAUUAUUUUGCCUCCCAGGUGAAGAAAAAUGCUGAGUCUCAUCUAGAAGACAAGGAUAUUUACCUUCUCCUCUCAUGGGUGCACAACAUCUAUACAAAAGAUAUGAGAAAAGAUCCUGUUUUAGCAGAAGAGUUGGAAAAACUUAAGCUUGGAAGCCUUUUGCCAUCAAGUCUGAGCAAAGAGCUUGAAAAGAAAUACCUUGACAGUGAAGAGGCUACUAUCAAAAAUUCACUGAGUAAAUGUUUAGAUAAAGAAAUCCAAAGAUGGAAAGAAGACAAAGAACCAGAGAAACUAAAUGGGCAUUUUCAGAGUGAACUACUAGCCAUAUUUGUUAUCCAGGGCCUGUACAGCGGGCAGAGGCGGGCCCAGGAGGUCA